UGCACUUUUGGUUGGUCCGAGCCAACAGCUCUGCACAACUCCCCGGUCGUCGAGCUGCAUCUCUAGCGCUCACUUCUGCGUCUCCUGCGCCCUUUAGCAGUCCACUGAACACAUCCACAGCUUCGUCUGCGUCUCAAGUACCUGCUGCAGCAUGGGGAGCGAUGAGAAAGCCGUAGCUAAGUCUGCGGAGAAGGACACUGCCGGCCAGAAGCGCAAGGCUCCGGAAGGCGCGAAGAUCACGUCGUUCUUCAAGCCUGGGGACAAGAAGGAAGAGCCCCCCAAGGGGAAGAAGGAGGUUAGGAAAGAGAAGGAUCAACACGAGGAUGAGGACGACGACGAGGAUGAAGAAGAUGAGGACGCCGAGGAAGGAGAUGAUGACGAUGAUGUGGACGACAGCGAUGAGGAAGAUAUGGCGCCCAAGGAGAAGAAGCGGCGGACGCGCGAUAGCGACAGCGAGGACAGUGGCGACGAGUCGGAGCCCGAUCUCAAGAUGACAGAGGACGAUCUGAUCGGUGUCGACACGUCCAACAUCAUCCCGCGCUCACGACGUCGUGCUGCCGCGGCUGCCAUGGCGUUGGCCUCGGAGGAGAUCGCGGCUGCUAAGGGAGUCGCUCCUGCUGCAGCGAAUGGUGAUGACGAUGACGGCGAGUCCAGCGACGAGGCCGAGUUCUAAGCGUAAGCAACCGACACACUGAGUUUGCACAUUUGAGAUAUACGCUUUUCAAGCAUUGCUCUUAUCUAUCUAUUGGAGUGAACGGUUGUCAACAGUUGAUUGCUAGUGAACAUCCUACCACUAAUGUCUAACAGCCCUAGCUAGGCGGAACAAGGAGUUUCUCGAAAUGCCAGUAGGUAGCCUCAGCAGCACAGCCUCGCGCCAGCUUGUACGACAGCUUGUUUUAAGCGUGGAUCUCCAUCUGGACCAUGUCCAGACCGA